GUGGUUACAAUUUACACAAGGCUCCAGACAACCAACCAACCGUAUAUACACACAACUGAAUCUGCAUCUUCAUUCAUCAGCCAGCCUCGUCCUCGUUAGUCAUCGUCUUCACCGCCCCCAAAUCUCCAUAUACAAAUAGCCCACGCCAAUAUGGACACCUUCUUCGCCGGCCUUGGCUUCCCGCUUCUGGACCGCACCAUUCACCCACACACGCACUUCCAGCGCCUAAUCCAGCAGCGCGGCUGGGCCGUCGGCUCGCGGAACCACCGCCGAGCGACCGCCGCAUUCAACGAGGCAUUGCUGGCCACGUUCGCGGAGCGCUUCGGCAACGACGCGAGUCCGCCCGUCGAGGUGUGGCAGCGGCUGUGUGCGGCGCUCGGCGCUCGGACCCUGCCUGAGACGGUGACGCAGUGUAAGAAGUUCAUCAAGCGCACGCACGUAAACCUGGUGGACCUAAUGGCUGGGGCGGAUAUCCACGUGUUUAGGAGUAAAGAGGAGCUCAUUGAGUAUACGAGAGCCACUGAGAGGUACUUUCCGCGGAAGAUGGCGAAGGAGCGCGGUGGUGGGCUGCUCAGGUGUCUGCUGAGGGAGAUGCCCGCGGCGGUGCUGGAGCAGACUGCGGCAGAGGAGGAGGUGGAAGAGGUGGGAGAGGUGAAAGAGAUGAUGAUGCUGGUGGUCGGGGAGGCGUUGGAGGGGCUCAAGAUGUGAACGGAUAUGGGCUUGGGCUGAAGCUGUGGUGGAAAUGUUUUGUCCGAAUCAUCGGGGGUGAGGGAUGAGGGGCUGGGUGAUGGGCUGUGACCUCUGCUCUUGUUUUUGUUUUUGUUCUUGUUCUUAUUUUUGCUCUUGUUUUUUUUUGCUUUUUUCGUCGUUGUUUUCUUUUCUUCGGCAGCGGAGUUUUUGGCUGUUGUAAAAAGGUUUCCUAUGUAGAAUGAUUUUUGGG